AUGUCCGGCCAGAAGAUGACCUUGCCCACGCGCCCUGCCGGCCCGCCUCAGUCGCCCACUCAGGCUCGUUCUCCCUCGGGUGCCUCUGCUGCCUCGGGUGCCGCUCCCGGUCAGGCUCGCUCUAACUUCCCGCCCCCUCUCGGCUAUGAUCCCGGCAAGAUGGACACUCGUGCCCCCUUGAGCCACGAGGAGCGUGUCGGCAAGCGCGUCGACUUGCCUGCCGAUGCCUACACUGGGUCCGAUAUCAGCAGCACCUUUGCCGCUCGAACCGGCUUCAACACCGAGGGCAACAGCAUCAGGGUCGCCGUCAACCAGUAUCCCGUCACCAGGAUCGCCAACAUGGAUGUUUCCCAGUACGACAUUGCGCUGAGCCCUGAACCCACCGCCGGCGUCGUUUACGACAAGGUCUGGAAAUCCAAAAAGGUCCAGCAGAAGCUUGCCUCUGUGACCAACAAGCCCUGGAUCUACGACGGGCGCAAGCUGGCCUGGUUGGCUCAAUCGGUUGAUGAGAUGCGCGUCAUGGUUGACCUCGAUGAGGAGCGCGGCCGCAAGCCUGGUGGCGAGAGGAAGAACGUGUUUCACAUCACUAUCAGGCCCACUGGUAAAGUUCGUCUCCAGUCUCUCAGGGCUUACCUCGAGAAGAGGGCUCCUUGGGACAACCAUGUGCUCGAGUGCAUGAGUUUCCUCGACCAUCUUCUCCGUCAGGGUCCUUCCGAGCGCAUGAAGACCAUCAAGCGCAGCUUCUUUCACGCCUCGAUGCCCAACCGAGAGCUUGACAUGCUCCUCAUGGCAUACAAGGGUGUCUACGCUUCAUUCCGCCUCAGCCAGAACAUCAAGCAGAUUGGUCUCGGUGUCAACGUCGAUGUGACCAACCAGGCCUUCUGGAAGGCCAACACAGCCGACAAGAUGAUGAAGUAUGUGAUCAACACCUACGGCGGGCUGAGAGGUAAAGGGAACAUGCAGAACCUUGACGACCAGUUGGUCACUAGCGCGUUGAAGCCCCUAGUCAACCGCACCACGGGAAGGUACGAGCAGUCUGAGGCCAUGAGGGCCCUGCGCCGCCUGAAGGGCUGUCGCUUCACGCUCGUCCAUCGUCCCAAUGAGGUCAAGGAGUACAAGAUCAAGGGCUUCGCCUUCGACAAGAAGUACGGCCCGGACGGCGCCAACUCCUACAACGUCACAUUCAAAUGGAAUAAUAAUGGCACUGAGAAGGAGAUCUCAAUCAGGGACUACAUGAAGGAAAGAUACGGCUAUGCCCUGAUCCACUCAGCCGGCUGGCCCGUCAUUGAGACCACCCGUGCUGGAUCCUUCCCUGCUGAGGUGUGCAACAUUGUGUCUUUCAACCAGUACCAGUACAAGCUGGACCCCAAUCAGACUGCGUCGAUGAUCAAGUUUGCCGUUCAGCGCCCGGCACAGCGCAAGCAGGACAUUGCAGCAUCGGUUCAGCGUCUCGACUGGGCCAACGACAAGUACCUCAAGGCCUUUGGCGUCAGCAUCUCCCCCAACAUGGCCAUCACUGAGGCCAAGGUGCUCAGGCACCCUGAGGUGUUCUUUGAGAAGAAGACCGUCAGACCCUUGAACACCGGUCGCUGGGACCUUCGCGGCGCCAGGUUUGUUGAAGGCAACAAGGAACCCUUGACUCGUUGGUGCUUCUUUGCACUCAACGGCUGUGUCGAUCAGAAGGCCGUGGUAAACUUUGUCGGUAGCUUCGUCACUACUUACAAGGGACAUGGCGGCAGAAUCGCGCCCGGAAAUCCCUACAUGACCAAUGUCACGGCAAACCCAGCUACGUUGAACGACGAACUUCACAAGCACAUGGGCACUGCCGUCGGGGGGUACAAGAACCUGUACCCGCAGAUCGUGUUCAUCGUCGUCCCGGACAAGACGGCUCAUGUGUAUGAGCGGAUCAAGAAGGUCUUCGACUGUCGCUACGGUGUUGUUACUCAGAUCCUGAAUGCGGAUCACGUAAGGAAGGCGGCGGGGCAGUACAUUUCGAAUGUCUGCAUGAAGGUCAACGCAAAGCUGGGCGGACAGACCUCCAGCCUCACUGCGACUAAGGCCAAGUCUCACGGGUUCUUCACCAAGCCCACCAUGAUGAUUGGCGUCGAUGUGUCUCACGCAUCACCGGGCUCAGACAUGCCGUCCAUUGCUGCCAUGUGCGCCUCAGUCGACAUGGAGGGUUAUCAGUAUCGCGCUGCCGUCGAGACCAACGGCUGGCACAACGAGGUCUUGACCAACGAGAACAUCGAAACCAUGGUUCCCAAGUUUCUCCAGGCCUACAAGGACAAGACAGGGAAGGAGGUCGAGGAUAUCUACUACUUCCGCGACGGCGUCUCCGAGGGCCAGUUUGCACACGUCAUCAAGCAGGAGGUGGAAGCCAUCAAGAAGGUCUACAUGGCCAGAUUCAAGGGCCAGAAGAAGGCCAGGGUUACAGUGAUUGUGGCCACCAAGCGUCACCACAUUCGCUUCUUCCCCGAGAAGGGAGACAAGAACGGCAACUGCGAGCCUGGCACGCUGGUGGAGAAGGAGGUCACCCAUCCCUUCCACUACGACUUCUUCCUGAACUCGCACCAUGCGCUCCAAGGCACGGCUCGUCCUGUCCAUUACCACGUCCUCAUGGACGACAUUAAGCCCCAGGUGAACACCUUGCAGAGGAUGAUUUACCACCAGUGCUACACGUUCUGCCGUUCCACCACGCCCAUUUCGCUGCAUCCGGCUGUCUACUAUGCCCAUCUGGCGGGUGCUCGUGGCCGCUCCCAUGAGAGCCUGGACUACGGUGACAACGCACGUGUUCCUGAAAAGGUCAGGGAGCAGGUGAACAACCCGGACAACUUGGUUGCCAAGCAUCAAUCUCCCACUACUUACAGCAGCGAGUGGAAGAAGAGCAACCCGCCUCCAAAGCUGACCGUCAUGGAAGGCAAAAAUCACAUCCACAACACCAUGUGGUGGGUCUAA